ACUCCUUUUUCCUUCCUCUUUUGCUUUGUGGGUCAACCAUCUUCUCCAAUAAUUCAUUCUAGCAUUGGAAUCCAAAGUUGCUUUUGGCCAAACCAGAACUGAGCCAGCUUCUCCCAAGAAAUUAUUGCAUUUUCUCAAUACAAACCAAUCUUUUCCACUUUGGUGGUUUGAUUUUGGAUCGCUUACCUUCAUUUUUCCUUGAUUCAUCACUCACUUUUCUCUAAAAACCAACAGACAUGGCUGGGGCUUUAGUUGGAGGUGCUUUCCUCUCGGCUUCUCUUCAAGUUCUAUUUGACAGGUUGGCUUCUCGCGAGGUUGUGAGCUUCAUCCGGGGGCAGAAGCUCAGUGAUGCGCUCCUGAAGAAGUUGGAAAGGAAGGUGCUGGUCGUCCAUGCAGUGCUCAACGAUGCUGAGGUCAAACAAUUUACAGAUCCAUAUGUGAAGAAGUGGCUGGUCUUGCUUAAAGAGGCUGUGUAUGAUGCGGAGGACAUAUUGGAUGAGAUCGCCACAGAGGCUUUGCGACACAAGAUGGAAGCUGCGGAGUCCCAAACCAGCACAAGUCAGGUGGGUAACAUCAUGGACAUGUCUACCUGGGUUCAUGCCCCAUUUGAAAGUCAGAGCAUAGAGUCGAGGGUGGAGAAGAUCAUUGAUACACUUGAAGAUAUGGCACGAGACAGAGCCGUCCCUGGGUUGAAAGAAGGUGUUGGCGAGAAACUGUCACAAAGGUGGCCUUCUACUUCUUUGGUGGAUGAAUCUCUUGUCUAUGGCAGGGAUGAUGAAAAACAGAAGAUGAUUGAACAGGUGUUGUCUGAUAAUGCAAGGAGGGAUGAGAUAGGUGUGAUUUCCAUAGUGGGCAUGGGCGGCCUUGGCAAGACCACACUUGCUCAGCUUCUAUAUAAUGACCCAAGGGUGAUGGAACACUUCGAUUUGAAGGCAUGGGUUUGUGUUUCCGAAGAAUUUGAUCCUAUUAGAGUUACAAAAACAAUUCUGGAGGAGAUUACUUCAUCCACUUUCGAGACAAAUAACCUAAAUCAGCUUCAAGUUAAACUGAAAGAGAGAAUUAAUACGAAGAAAUUUCUACUUGUCUUGGAUGAUGUUUGGAACGAGGACUCUAGUAACUGGGCUAUACUACAAACUCCACUCAAAGGCGGGGCAAAGGGAAGCAAGAUUGUUGUAACGACCCGCAGCACCCAUGUUGCAGCAGUUAUGCGCGCUGUUUAUUCUCAUUGUCUUGGUGAACUAUCCUCUGAAGAUUCCUGGUCUCUGUUUAGAAAACACGCAUUUGAAAAUGGAGACUCGAGUGCAUAUCCACAACUAGAAGCAAUUGGUAAGAAGAUUGCGGACAAGUGCCAAGGUUUGCCACUAGCUGUAAAAGCAGUGGGGGGCCUUUUACAUUCUGAGGUUGAAGCGAGGAAAUGGGAUGAUAUACUAAACAGCCAAAUAUGGGAUUUGUCAACUGAUACAGUUCUUCCUGCAUUGAGAUUGAGUUACAAUUAUCUGCCUUCACAUCUAAAGCAAUGUUUUGCCUAUUGCUCAAUUUUUCCCAAGGACUACGAAUUGGAGAAAGAGAAGCUAAUUUUGUUAUGGAUGGCUGAAGGUCUUUUACAAGAAUCAAAAGGCAAGAGAAGAAUGGAAGAGGUCUUGGCUAUGAUCAGAAAUUUCCAUGUACACUAUGUAGCACACCCCACUUUUCAGGACCAGGAGGUCCAUUCAAGCUCUCAUUGUUCAUCUCAGGAGAGUCAGAUGUUUGUUUGAAAAGAAAAAUACCAAAGUUCAGGUGAAGGUCUAUACAUUUGAGAUUCCCAUGAAGAAUGUUGUAAUUCGAUCUAUUCAAUUUUGAGAGCUUUUGUAGUUCUGUUUGCCAUUUUGAUGUUGGUACCAUUUGAUGAGGGCGGUAGACUAUAACUCCCCCAUUCAACCUUCCAAAUUUUGUAUAGGAAAGAUGAUGUUGUAUUGACCUUAUUCACUUCUUCAUGCAAUGAAAAUUCUCCUCUCUUCAAUA